CAUCACGGUUUACGUAAAUGCUUUUCCGCGACCCUCUAACGAUGCCCUAAUUGCAAAGCAAAAUAUUUCGAUGACCGCCAUAGCCAGCUCCUAGUUCAACCUCGACUCGACUCAGUGAGAUAGUGCGGAAGGGGACGUUGCCGCGCCAAUCGGAGGCAUGUUGCUUUCGCGCGAGGAUUUUGAAAGCUCGGAACAAAGUCUGCGAGAGAAAAAAGGACAACUCUGAAUUGGAUCAUUAGAGAUGGCGAUGAGUGGGCAAGGAGACCGACCAUCUUCGUGGUUUGGUUAAGUCCGCAAGAAGGCUCUUGGAGGUGCACACAUUAUCGUGCUGCGGCUUAAGAUUCUAGCGUAAGCAUGCAAAAUGGGUAAUAAGUUAGCUCGAACGACGCAAGCUUCGGCGUCGGAGUACUAUUUGCACGACCUGCCUUCUUCCUAUAACUUGGUGUUGAAGGAGGUUCUAGGAGGUGGCCGGUUUUUGAAGUCAGUUCAGUGUGUCCAUGAUGAGGGACUCUUGCUUGUGAAGGUUUACUUCAAACGAGGCGAAUCUCUUGAUUUGAAGGAGUAUGAGAGAAAACUACGAGACAUUCGAGAUCGUUUGAGGAAUAUUGAGCAUUCACAUGUUUGGCCUUUUCAACACUGGAUUGAGACUGACAAAGCGGCUUAUUUGCUACGUCAAUACUUCUUUAGUAAUUUGCAUGAUCGCAUCAGCACUCGUCCAUUUCUCAGCCUCAUUGAAAAGAAGUGGCUCGCCUUUCAGCUUCUGCAUGCUUUGAAGCAAAGCCAUGAACGUGGAGUUUGUCAUGGGGACAUAAAGUGCGAAAAUGUCUUGGUGACCUCAUGGAAUUGGGUAUAUUUAGCAGACUAUUAUGGGGCUCUUAAGCCCACUUUCUUACCGGCGGACAAUCCUGCCGAUUUUUCUUUCUUCUUUGACACAGGGAGUCGGCGUCGAUGCUAUCUUGCACCUGAGCGGUUCCAUGAGCCAAAUGUCGACAUGCUUGCGACUUCAGAUGCUCCUUUGACGCCUGCAAUGGACAUUUUCUCUCUUGGGUGCGUAAUAGGCGAGAUGUUCUUAGAAGGGAAAGCGUUAUUCGAUUUGUCUCAGCUGCUGGCUUAUCGUCAGGGAAAAUUCGAUCCUCGGUCAUCUCUUGAGAAGAUUCCAGAUGAAGGAGUCCGUGCUAUGAUCCUGGACAUGAUCAACGUCCUUCCAGAGAAACGGUUAUCUGCAGAUCAAUACCUAAAGUUGUGGUGUCCUAUAGUAUUUCCAGAAUACUUCUCACCUCUGUUGCACGACUUCUUCUCGUACCUAGUUCCACUGGAUACUGACAAUCGAGUGGCUCUUACACAAAGCUUUUUCCCGGAAAUUCGCAAGCAAAUGCAAAUUGAUUCUCGAAGGAGGCAGUUUGCGGAGGCAAAUGGUGAUGGCAUUGCUGAUCUGGUACUAGGUACGAGAAGGCUUAAUUUGUCGCCGACACAGAAGCAGAAAAACUUAUACGAUGGAGAUUUUAUUGUAAAUGAACCAUUCAUUUUAGAAUCAGCGAGACUUUUGUCGGAAGGUCAGACCAGGUCCGUUACUCUAUGUGCAUCUUCGCACCGCAUCAAAGCUGCUGCGGUGGCAAUGACAGAGGCAGCUUCUGCUCUCGAAGAAGUUGUUACUGAAGAGGUACUUGAGAAUCAAGUUCGAGAACCAGGUGGUACAUUCUAUGAGCGUCUUCUUCACACUGUUGAAGCUUCCAUGGCUACCCAUGGAAUACCAGGACGUUGCAAAGAUGAUGUUACUCUUCCUUUGGAGGGUGGAUGGAGGUGGGAUGGAGACUGGGAAGUCGACCCUAGCUGGGUUCAUAGUGCAGCAGGAGUUGGAGCUGAUGAGGAAGGGUGGAGGUAUCGUAAGGUAAGCACCGGGGGUGAUGAAGGUGAAGUAGACACUUCUGUUAAAAACGCGGGAGAUGUUACUAUAAAAGGGAAUAGUGUAGGGGAUUGCACUCUGAAACGAACCCCUCCUGUCAGUCGUAGUUGGACAUCCACUUGUACUCCAGAUUGUGUAUGGAGACAAAGGAAAUGGAUACGCAAACGUCGAAGACGACCGUGUCACUUAGAUCUGAUCUCGCAACAGAGCAUCGGAUCAGAGAGUCAAGGACAGGGAUUAUUACCAGAAGCUUCAAAGAUCCCGGAAAGUGGUAAUGAAGGAACGCAUGAUCAAACCCAGCAAUGCGAAGGCAUGGUGUUAAUUGCAGCUCUCUUAUGUGCCUGCCUACGUAAUGUCAAGCUCCCUCAAGCUAGGCGGGGAACCAUCCAGUUAUUGAAAGAAGCUUCAUCGUACAUAGAGGAUGAUGCUCGACUUCAACACGUCAUACCUUACGUUGUCGCUCUCCUGUCCGACAAUGCUGCCAUUGUUCGAUGCACCGCUCUUCAGACUCUAUGUGAUGUCUUGUCUCUGGUGCAGGUUUUUCCACCAAGUGAUGCCAAGAUGUUCCCAGAAUAUAUACUGCCUUUGCUCUCCAUGCUACCUGAUGACUCAGAAGAGAGCGUCCGCAUUGCGUAUGCUGCUAAUAUUCACAAGAUCGCUGAAACUGCGAACCGAUUCAUGAUGCACUCACAGGAGAUCCAUGAGAUUGGAAGCUUAGAUUCUCCAAUCAAUCGCGCGAAAGGAUCUUUGUCAGAGAGGAAGGCGACCUCCACUAAGCUUGGGUCUGCAGGUCGCUUAGAGGGAGAGCUUGCACAUUUGCGUGAGACUAUUGCACGCGUCAUACAGGAGCUAGUGAUGGGUCAAAAGCAGACCCCUACAAUUCGUCGUGCCUUAUUGCAGAAUGUGGGGCCACUUUGUCGGUUUUUUGGACCCAAACAUAGCAACGAUUUCCUGUUGCCAAUCCUGCCUGCUUUUCUAAAUGACCGUGACGAGCAGCUACGGGCAGUAUUCUUUGAACACAUUGUUCAUGUUUGUCUCUUUGUGGGACGAAUGAGUUUGGAGGCUUACCUUCUCCCUUACUUAGAGCAAGCUCUAAAUGAUGUAGAAGAAACGGUAAUUGUUAAUGCCUUGGAAUGCCUUGCGGCUCUUUGUACACAUCGUUUACUUCGAAAGAGAGUUUUACUUGAAGCUAUUGAACGGGCAUCCCCCCUUUUGUGCCAUCCAAGCCAGUGGGUGCGGCGGGCGGCGAUUUCUUUUGUUGCCGCCUCUAGCGCAAAUCUAGAGCCCACUGAUUCGUACGCGUUCUUAUCGCCGAUUUUAUUACCAUUUCUUAGGCGAGAGCCAGCUUCUCUAUGUUCUGAGGUAUCUCUGCUAGCAUGCUUGAAACCACCAGUGUCAAGGGAAGUCUUCAAUCGUGUCCUUAGUGAUGUGAUGCUACUGCAAACUGAGAGGGAGAAGGCAGCUGCAAAUAAGCAAGGGAUUCAAAGGACUCAAAGCCGAAGAGUAGCUCCUAUUCUACCUCCUCCAGAGUUUGCUGGAGUGAGUGGUAUGAACGCCGCACGCGAGAGUAAGAAAAGUGAAAGAGAGAGUCGGUCAUCUAGGGUAGGUGUUUCCCAAGGUCCACCUAGGAAUAACGCUAAACGUGCUCCAAUGUCCGGAUCUGGCCCCCAACUUCUGCAAAAGCCGUUGACAGGAGAAGGUGAGGAUGGAGAAAAGAUGAAGGCUAUGGAGGGUUAUCUUCGUAACCUGUCUAGCACUAUGCAGACUCGGAUGUUGUAUAAUUGGGAAGCAGAUAAUACAGAAAAACUUCAGAGCUCCGCAAUCGGCUUCGCAGCUGGGGUGGGUGCCGGUUUCUACUCCAACUACGAUGGCUCUUCAGAAGGGAUUCCUCUAUACUUUGUCCCCGUGAAUGAGAAGAAGCCUGACCCAACUCUUUCUGGGCAAGGAGGGACUCCCCAAGUUGGAGAAGUAAAUCCUUCUUUCAAUGAAGAGUGGAGUCGAGUAUUCGGAGGUAGGCAGGGAUCGGCACCCUUUCUCAUGGCCACGAUUGCUGGAACACCGAUCAGUGCUUCAUUAGGACCAGCGUCUUCUCAAUGGGCUAACGUUGCUGGUCAUUCAUCGAUGUCUUCUAUUGAGCCUUCUUUACACAGGUCACAUGUAGCUAUGACGGGGUCGAGCGCUGCAAGGAUGCUCGCAGGAUCUGUAUACCAGGGGCCCAGUCCCAUAAGCUACAGGAAGUUCGAGACCUUGAGAGGCAGUAGUCGACAAGAGUCCGGCGAAGGUCUUCUUGCUACCGGUUUCGGAAGCAGCAUCCAUAGUAUGACAAAUAGUAAAGCUAGCCUAGCAUCAUCAUCUGAACUUCUUGGAGGUGGAAAACCUUCGGAGUCUAAUUCAGUUAAUGCACCAACCAGCGAAGCAUCUUUGGAGUCUGGUACUCCGCUCUUAAGUUCUUCAGUGGUAGCAGAAAGCUCAUGGAAACCCCGUGGUGUUCUCAUAGCACAUUUGCAAGAGCAUCAACGUGCUGUGAAUGAGGUGGCAGUUUCUAGUGACAAUGUCUUUCUUGCAAGUGCAUCGGAUGACGGAACGGUUAAAAUAUGGGAUUGCCGAAGGCUAGAAAGAGACAUAUCUUUUAGGUCCCGAUUGACAUACCCUCUCCAGAAUGACGGGCGAGCACUUCACGUGUCCAUCCUGGGUGGUGGGCACCAAGUUGCGGCAGCCUCCAGUGAAGGAAAUAUUCAUGUUUUUACAGUUGAUUAUGUGGCACGUCAAGGAAACAGCACAGAACGUUAUACUGGCAUUUCAGAUACGCGCAAGUUGGACACCCAGGAGGGGAAUGCUAUGACAAUGCAAAGCCUUUUCAAUGAAGGACCAUCUCAGCUCUUGUAUAGCACACAAAGAAACGGCAUACAUCUCUGGGAUUUGAGGACUCAAACUGAUGCCUGGGUGUUGCGGUCAAAACCAGAUCAAGGCUACAUAACAGCAGUAUCAGUUGACCCUGCAUGCAACUGGCUGGUGUCAGCAACAUCUCGAGGAGUACUCACACUCUGGGACUUACGCUUUCAGAUUGCAGUUAACACGUGGCAGCAUCCAGCUUGCUGUCCAGUCGAAAGCAUGUGUGUUCUAGUUCCUGGAAAAGACACAGUUGCAGCAACAAGUCAGCAUCCGUACGUGUGGGUUGCUGCCGGACGCAACGAAGUGGCUCUCUGGAAUGCUGCAGAUGGUAUAUGCCAUCGGGUUCUUAGAUUAUGCGCUGACCCAGUCCAUCCAGAGAUGAACACUGUCCCUGCAGCUCUUAGUCAGCCACUAUCAAGCUCCCAGUCUUUAAGAGAUACCAAGUUGGUUGGAGGUGUGAAGUUUACUGAUUAUCGCAUGGAAGAACUGAAUGAGCCUCCCCCAAGGUUACCAGGAGUUCGUGCACUACUACCUUUGUCAGGGGGUGCUGCUCUCCUCACUGGCGGUUCAGAUUGCAGGAUUCGAAUGUGGGAUCGUUUAAGACCGGAUCGGAGCUAUCAUGUCUGUGGGCCCACCAUGGGAAAGAGUUCUGCUGUUCAGACUUAUGAGCUGCGCUCAUUGAACAGUGUCCGCAUUGUUCAGGAAACUCCAGGGACAGAGAGUGCAACCCGACCCCCAAGCAAGAAUUCUGCAAAGACUGCUCUUGCAGCAGCUGCUACUGAUAAUGCUGGUUGUCAUCGAGAUUGUAUUCUUAGCCUUGCUUCAGCUCAAACCAAUCAGCGGCUGUUGAUAUCAAGUAGUAGAGAUGGUGCUAUUAAGGUCUGGAAGUGAAAAUCUCCUGAAGGACAAACAGUUGUGUUCGUUGUUGAAGUCUUCCAAGACUGGACCUGGAACUAGCGUUAGCAUUGGAUGCCUGGAUGAUAAUUGGUUUUGAUUGUGGCACCAGUGACCUCUGAAAGCCGACAAACAGCUUCAAGGUAUCACAAUCAGCAGUUGCAGAUGCAGCUUCAGUCGUUCUAGAGUCUUUCCAACAGUUCGUCCGUAGACUUAGAGCUUUAUCACAGGUUGUCAGGUUGUAAAAGCCCCAACGUUGUAUAGGAAUCCUCUAGCAGUCAAUGCUUCAAAUCAUUUUGUGCAUACCGUAUGUAUAGUAUGCUGUGCCUGCAUAGUUCAGGUUACAGUCCACAGUAGUGAACUCUAGACAACAAAAUGAUUAAAAUUGUGAGUCGUGAAGUGAAGACGUCUAAUUAACACUGGUCUUUGGUAACUGUGUAAUACUAUGUAGUCUUUCUUACUUCUGUAAACUAGCAGGUGCAAUUUUGAAUUGGAGCAUUUCCAAUGUUCUCGAACUAAACAAUAUUAUCCAAACAAA